GGAGCAGGAACUAUUUUUUUUAAUAAGCCGAUGAAUGGGAGUGUGCCCUCCGCUGGACCCUGACUCACUGUGGAAGCGGGGCGCCUUCACGAACAGAGGCUCAGUAUUUUCUUUCAGAGAGACCCGGGGUGGAAAAGACGCAGCAAUGACAGAGCAGCAGUCGUGCGCAGCGACAAAAUAGACCAACUAUUGUGGGGACGGGAGAUUGAUAACACAACUAGGCGAGCAACGAGCGCGGCAGAUGUAAUUUCCAAACGUUGCAGCUGGUUUGUUGCCAGUGGUGUGUUGGAUGGGUUAUUACUGCGUUCUCCUUUUCAUCAUCCACUGCUUCCAGCGUUUCCAGAUUACUUGGGGAUCUCGGACGGCUGCCUGUGAGGGAGUAUCGCUGCAGAGACUAACGGGGAAUGCCAUGUGUCGUUGCGCGACAUAGAAGCUCUUUGUGGGCUGUUUUUUGCACCGGGGACAGGUGGUGCCGUGUGUGUGUGUAUGUGUUGAAACAAGCAGGGGGCACGGACACACAACCCCUGAGACAGUUGUCUUAGGGAUGUCAGGCCGGCGAACGGGAUCAGCUUUUGCCAGAGACAGGUGCGACAGGGAGGAGUAGUUUACAAAGCCCUGCACAGGAUCUGGUAGCGCACUAACAAGCCCCCUCUCCCCUCUGAUCACUCGGAUUUUUUUUUGUACCCACCGGGACUCACAAUCGACUCAUACUGCCUUUUCUCGGUGGCACCUUUCCCCCUGAAACCUGAGACUUCGCCUUUGUGUUGCCAUGGCGACCGUGGCCCCUCCCUUCUUCCUGCUGUGUUGGCUGCUCCAAGCGGUCAGCUCGGCGUUCCCAGAGGAACCGGGGCCCCUCAACUACAUCCCCACCGAAGUCGUGAGAAGACAUGCAGUGUUUCUGGGCCGACCCCACCGGACAUGGCUCAGACAAGAGCCUCUUCACAUCCAGAGGAUCCUGCAGGUCAAUCGGACGCUCUACAUUGGAGCCAGGGAUGACCUUUUCCGUGUGGAGUUGGACAUCGUUGCAGGAGACGAGAUGUUCUACAGCAAGAAAAGGACGUGGGAGUCGAACAAGAAUGACAUCAGGAUCUGCAGGAUGAAGGGCAAGCAUGAGGAUGAAUGCCGUAACUUCAUGAAGGUGCUGCUCCGCAGACCGGGGGGACUGUUUGUGUGCGGGACCAACGCCUUCAACCCCCUCUGUGCCAACUACACUGGAGACACUCUGGAGAUGGUAGGAGACACAGUCAGUGGUAUGGCGAGAUGCCCCUAUGACCCAAAGCACGCGAACGUAGCUCGGUUUGCAGAGGGAAAUCUGUUUACAGCCACAGUGACAGACUUCCUGGCCAUCGAUGCGGUGAUCUACCGGAGCCUUGGGGACAGUCUCGCGCUGCGCACCGUCAAGCACGACUCCAAGUGGUUCAGAGAGCCGUAUUUUGUGAGUGCCGUGGAGUGGGGACCUCACAUCUACUUCUUCUUCAGAGAGAUAGCCAUGGAGUUCAACUACCUGGAGAAGGUGAUGGUGUCACGCGUGGCGCGGGUGUGCAAGCGUGAUCUGGGAGGGUCUCAGCGCGUCCUGGAGAAGCAGUGGACGUCGUUCCUGAAGGCCCGUCUGAACUGCUCCGUCCCCGGGGAUUCCCACUUCUACUUCAACCUGCUCCACUCCACCAGCCCCAUCAUCAGGAUGCACGGCAGAGACAUCAUCCUGGGGGUGUUCUCCACACCGUCAAACAGUAUCCCAGGUUCGGCGGUGUGUGCCUUCGACAUGGAGCAGCUGGCUUCGGUGUUUGAAGGGAGAUUCAAGGAGCAGAAAUCAUCUGAGUCCAUUUGGACACCUGUUCCAGAUGACUUCAUCCCCAAGCCAAGACCCGGUGGCUGCGCUGUUCAAGGAUCCAAGUUUAACUCCUCCAACGCCUUCCCUGACGAGAUGCUCAACUUCGUCAAGACCCAUCCUCUGAUGGAUGAAGCCGUCCCCUCUCUAGGACAGAGACCCUGGAUUGUACGAACCAUGGUCAGGUACCAGCUGAAUAAGAUCGUGGUGGAUACAGAAGCCGGGCCUCACAGGAACCGGACCGUCCUCUUCCUCGGGUCGAGCAGAGGGAACAUCCUCAAGUUCCUCAUCAUGCCCAACCAGGACAACAGCGUCACCAACAGCAACAUCUUCCUGGAGGAGCUGGAGGGAUACAACCCUGAUAAGUGUGCUGAGGACUCUGUGCAGAACAGGCAGCUUCUCUCUCUCACUCUGGACCGGCCAAGCCACACUCUGCUGCUCGCCUUCCCCUCCUGUUUGGUCAGAGUGCCGCUGGCUCGAUGCCAGCUCUACUCCCGAUGCAUGAAGAACUGUAUCGCCUCGAGAGAUCCUUACUGUGGCUGGACCCGAGGAAGCACCUGCUCUUUCCUCAGGCCUGGAACACGACUGCCGUUCGAGCAAGAUGUUGAACAGGGAAACGUGGCCCACUUGGGUGACUGUGACGGAAUGCUGCUGCAGGAGAGUUUUAUGGACGAGCCUGACGGCCUGGUGUCUGUGAACCUGCUGGUGGUGUCUGCUGUCUCCGCCUUCGCCACCGGAGCCAUCCUCUCCGGGCUCACCGUCUGCUGGAUCAUGAGUCACCGCCACCGCCACUCUCGGGGCUCCGGAGCCAACGGCGCCCGACGCAAAGGUGACAAAGAGCAGAGCAUGCUGGGGCAGGGCCGCAGCGGGUCGGUGAUGAGCGUGACGAGAACCAGCGGCGGCGAGAGGCGGCGCUCGCAGGCCGACAACCCCUUCGUCAUGCCCAACGGCUGGUCUAAAGGAGAGAUGGACCCCGGCCUGCUGCCCACCCCCGAGCAGACGCCGCUGCAGCAGAAGAGAACCAUGCGCCUCCCGGACACCGACUGGGACCAGAGCCAGACCUUCCUCACCGCCGUGGGGACUCCCUGCCCCAACAACUCUGUCAUCUACCUGAGCUCCAAGUUCCUGCACGGAGGCGGAGGUGGCGGAGGGAUGGUCCGGAUAGAGGACCAGGGGGAGGUCAUGCUGCCCCCGCACACAGAGCGCCAACGCUACCUGAUCUUAGCCACCCAGAGAGGGGAGCACGGUGGCAGUCGUCCCAGCGGGAACGCCCUGAGGAACUCGGCGGGAGACUACAUCUACCCCGCCACGCCGCAGGACUCCCCCGACCGACGGAGGGUGGUGUCCGCUCCCACUCCCCACAUGGACUAUGGGGAGCCUCGCUGGAGUCACGAGGCGCUCAACUACAACAGCAACAACGGAGCGCCCUACCACCCCCAGCGCCCGGGCAUCAUCAGGCCAGAUAUGCACGGGCCCCGGGGGAUGGGGGAACUGGCGGAACUGGCGGACUUCAGCCAUCUUCUAGUGAAGAACAUGGGAGAGCGCACCACCAGCGGCCAGUGAGGCGAAGUACGUGAGCGCUGGCACCGAGCUCUCUCUGAAAACCCAUUCCCUCCAACAGCAGACUGGAAUAAAUCAACCCCUCAGACUCUAUGUCCCGGUCCAACCUUACCCUGUCUGUCCUCUCUCACUGUCAUUCAAUGUUCUGACGUCAUUCAGCUGACUGAAGAGAGAGACAAAGAGAGAGUUGAAAAAGAGGAGAAAACUCUCCUCACGUCUCCGAUCCUCUGCUCUUAAUCCGAGGCGCACCCCUCUGCUCUGUAAGUGGUACGACCCGCAGAGCUUGACUUUGACACCAUAGGACAAACAGUAAAGGAAAGAGAGGGGUGCAAAGGAAAGGGGAGCUUCUCAAAGAGUGUGGAGAUUUGAAAAAAAAAAAGACAAUUUCCCUUUCAGCGCCAAAUGUGGAAAUCUCCCUCCACCAUUUCUGUCCGUCAUUUGAUGCCAUGGAUCUUCUUUGAGUGUGACAUUUUGUUUCUGCUUUCGUUUUUCUGUGCCAGUGGCAUCCAGCAGACAACAAUGUGCUUUACUUUGGAUUUCAGAGGAGACUUAAACUGUUGUAGCCGUGCCAGAGGGAAGUGACUCUCUAUGAAUCAUGCAGUAUGUGAUUGUGUGUUUGUGUGGAAGCGAGUGGCCACGACAACCCCAACCAGUGUCCCGUCUUUACUGUGAAGUAUAACUAUAUAAUGAAGAACGGUGGACGUUGAUAUUAUUUUCCCUUUUUUAUAAAUCACAGAGAAACAAAUACAUUUUAUUGUGUGUCUCUAUGUGUCGAGACCAGUGGUUAGUGAAGGGUUGAGACUCCCAUUGUAAUUUGUGUGUACCUCAGAGGCAGCGCUGGACAGAGCCAUCAUAAAGUGAAAGAAAGCAAUAAUACGCAAGUAAGGAUGAAGACGAAGCCAAUAUAAUUGAUAUUUUGUAAUAUAACUCAGUAAAGCAAAAGUUAGGAGAUGUCAGGAGGCGCUGGGAAAAAGAACAAUACCUCCCCGUCCAUUCAUCCCUCCCUCGCUGCCUCUCAGUAUGCCAGGGUCUCUCUGACCGGCCCCGAGGCCCCCAUGGGCUCCGCAGGCCAUUUGAAGGAGGGAAUGUGAGCUGUGGCUGUCUGACUGUGAGGCCCGGCCGCUUGGGAGCUCCAUUCAGCCUCUUCUGCCCGACACUGAGCCUCUUUGUGCCCCAGAAGCAGGAGGAGACUGCGGCAACAAAUAGCCGUUAAGAGUCAGGGACCCUAGCCUUGCAGAAUAUCAAUGAGAGGGACAGCAGCUCCAUCCGUCAUGUGAGAUGUACCAACCAGGAGCGGGCAUCUGUAGGGCUUCACCCACUGGUGGUUCACUAACAAGGGAGGAGUGGAGUUCAGCGGAGACUUGGGGCACCGCUAACUGUCACAAUGGUCAUCCCCUUGUGGCUCCAUCUCUUUCAGUGUGUUUCGUGACAAAAGCGGGAUAAAGAAAACAGAUGGGCAUGGGUAUCCUUGGGUGUGGAGUUACUCUUUCACUCCGUUGUCUGAUCUUUUCAUGUUUCCUGUUUUGUCUGUUCUCAUCCGUUCUUGAUUCAAAUGUAGAUCCAGAGAUAGCUCUAGUCCAUCUGGGUCAUGGUGUUGUGAGAGGUGGUGUUUUUUUCUUUGUCUGCCGGCUGGUGUGUGUGAGUCUCUUUGGGUUUGUGUCCAUGAAUGCGUUACUCAUAUUGAGUGCAGAUAACAGCUUUGAUCAGUUUUACUCUCAUUUCACCUUUCUUCUUUUUUCUUACAGUCUUUUUCUCUAUUGAGCCAUUAAUGUUAGGCAGAAACCCUUUGCUUGACAUUUACAAAUCCGCGCUAACAUUGUUGAGGCCUCCGUGGGAGUACUGUAUGCUAUAGGAUAUAUAUAAACCAUUAUACUUUAUAUAAAGAACUAUGGCUCAAAAGGAUAAGCUGGGAUGUGCUUGGAUAAAUACCCAGCACACACACAAGAAAAUAUCACAGCCUACAAGAACUAGGGCAGAGCAUCGUUUGAUUUUCUUGUUAUGCCUUUCAGCUUUUGUGACUGGAUACAUGUUUUCCACAUAACCCUAUUUAACAUUUAAAGAUUCCUAAUGGAGCUUUAUAUCAUCUUAAAGCUUAUUAUCUUGUUUCUUAGGAGCAUAACGCUCAGCAAUAAUGUAAAACAAAUCUACUAUACACUUCCUGCCUAGCACCAAAUGAAGACAGACACUCUUGCUAGUGAACACAGUGAAGUAUUUAUCAGAUAAAGAGCCUUAGAUUUCCCGUAAGAGUUGGUAGAGACCAAAAACCAAGCUAUUCGCCUUUAAAGGGUGAUAAUAUGUCAGUGUUGUCUUCACAGCUUGUUUCUGCUGCCCCCAAGUGGCCAAAAAAUAAGUUAUUUGAGGUUUAAUGUAUCAGGUGUAAUACAAAGGCUGUGUAUUGGUUGAAACAUUUCAGAAAUGCCAUUUCAAUAGCAGACAACAUUGUUAUGUUUACCUUACUUUAAGAAAGAAAAAACUGUUUUUCAAAAAAAUCCUAUUUCCCAUUUUACUACAAAUCCCAAGUAAUGACAUAAGCAGUCUCACUAAAACUUUAUCUAAGAAGUAAAUUGUCUGCAUUCGUCCAAAAUUCCAAUUUAAAUCAAGGCCUGUUCCUUCAUGAAAAUAAGUAAACAAGAUUGUAAAUCAGACCAAGUAUUCGAUACCAGCUGACAGUUCUUUCGACACUCAUUGCCACGGUCUCAUUUCUGUUAGUACCUGAACAGCAUUGAGGUUCAGCAGCCAGCCCUGAAGAUUAAGCAGCCAGAGCUGGAGGUGCUGCAUAAGACAAGCCAGUGAAAGAGAUUUAUGAAAGCAAGGACAGAGGAGGAGGUCAGGCGGGCGAACAUGAUGUUACUGCAUUACCGCCUCCGCACAUUAGUACAGUGUAUUCUUUACGCAUUCCACCCUGAAACAGGUCAUUAGUAUUGAGGAUACGUCGCCCCCAUCCACCAGCCCGACCCCUCAUCUCUGCCUCUCUUUAUCUCUCUCCGUCUCCAUCUCCGCUGUGACCUGAGUGCUGCGUGUCUGCGUGUGUGUGAUGUGUGUGUGAAUGAGGUCUCUCAGUCUCGGCCGGCUCGCCCAGUCAGCCGUGUCCUCGCUCUGCAUCUCCUCCGGUGUUUCACUAAACAUGCUUGAUUAGGCAAAGUACAUUCCCGGGCCCUCUAAUGGCCUGAUGAGCCCUUGAGAAGAUUAUUACAGACACAUCAGCCCUGGGAGGGAGGUGCACGUUCAACCAGCUCUUUACCCCUUUUUAUACUAAACACCCGCCCUCCACACACACACACACACACACACACACACACACACACACACACACACACACACACACACACACACAUGCUCAUACACACAAGUACUGUUGGUGCUUUAACCAAAUUAAAAAAGCAAUCGAAUUAAGAUCAGAAACAGAGCUCAAGCUGAAAAUAGGCUGACUCACUCUAGGAAAGCUCAUGAUGGUAUCUUCCUAAUUUGAUUACAUGUGUUCAACAUUACAGGGCAGCUAAAGAAUUCAGGUGUAGCCUCAAUAAAGUCAGUCUGUUUAUUGAAGCCGUCAUCCUCCCUACUUCUCUCAUACUUCAUGUCAUUCCCUUUCCUCCUUUUUGAACAGCUGCACUUUCUCUUCUUCUUUAAAGCCCCUUUUUUAUUGUGAACAGACUCACACUAUCUCUCUCUGCACACACAUAUCUCGUCCUAAUGUGAGCCCGGGCUGCGCUCUCAUCCUGUUUGUCACCAUUAAAGGUUAGCUUGUUAAUUUAAUGAGUCGGUGACGGAAACAGAAAUCGCAGUAAUUCACAAAAUCCCGUUUUAUUUGUUACCUUUUUUUUUAAUACAUUUUCAAAGCCUCUCAUGCGGCAAAUUGCUUUCCUUUGCUUAGAAAUGAUUGUGUUUGGAGGGUGGGUUUUUUGUUCAAUGCAGCACAUAUUGCCUGUAGUCCUUCACACACACACACAUGCAGUGUCCUUCCUUAUCUCUGCCCUGCACAUAUCACACAUAAAAUUCCCACCCAGCCCUCACGA